AUGGUGAUCGAGAAGACAAAAAACAUUGUUUCUGCUAAACCCCAUGAUGUUUCAAGCAACUUGGAAGAGCAAGUGAAAGAAGUAAUCGAUGAAUCAGGUGGUGACCCUAAAGUCAAACUAUUGGAAAAGGUCAAGGAAGUGGCUGGAAACGCGAAAAACGCUGUGAGGAAAGCGGUAGGCUUGUUUACAAUCGGAGAAAGCACAAAAGGAGCGCUCAAAGACUUGGUAGUUAAAAUGAGACAAUGGGAUGUUAUCGAUUCACCAAAGCGAAUAGGGGAAGAUAUUGAAAGUAACGCUAGCCUGAAAGUUGAAGAAGCGGUAGAAGAAGUGAAAGAGAUAGUGAAAAUCGUAAAGGAAACUAGUUGGAACGAUCUUCUAACAAAACCCACCAGAAAGAUGAUAGUUUUAACAGACAAGAUACAAUCAGUGAUCAGUUGGUGUCACUUAUUAGGGUUCUCGAUAGCUUACGGGAUAGGGGUGUGGGUUACGUUCUUUUCGAGCUGUGUUUUGGGCAAUUGUCUACCUAAGCGAGAGUACAGAAUGAUCAUAAACGAAUUGUACAUGGUGUAUUUCAGGGCAAUGGCGAAUUGUGUUGGAGCAGCUCUUAUCGGGUAUCUUGUGAGCCGAGGGAGAAACGUCUUCUUUUUGUCCAACAAGAUGGCGAUAUUUCAAGGGUUCAAUCUCCUCUCUGCCUUUCUUAUGAAUUUGACUAAUUUGAUGUUCUUGGAGCCUCGAGCAACAAAGAGAAAGAAGAUAAAGGAGGACAGUGGAACAAAAAUUGUAGUAUCAGAGAAGCUCAAGAAACUGAACAAAUACUCCUCGACAUUGAAUGUCUCGACAAUGGUGGUGCUCACAUGGCACCUCGCAUACAUAGGUCAACUAGUCCAAGCUCCACACCCAUGA